AUUGCUCUAGCGGCUUCCUCUUCAGCGAACACUCACACUUCCUCCACUACAGCAACACUUUGCUUGACUGCUUUGACGCUCUCGGACAGAUUGUAGGCUAUAUGUUCAUACAAACCCUGCCACUGAAGAUAGUAUGUUUGGUGUCUGAGACAGUGAAGGGGCCAGAAUGCAGAGCAUCAAGUGUGUGGUGGUAGGAGACGGUGCAGUGGGGAAGACCUGCCUCCUUAUCUCCUACACCACCAACGCCUUCCCCAAGGAGUACAUCCCCACUGUGUUUGACAACUACAGCGCCCAGGUGACUGUGGACAGCAGGACUAUUAGCCUCAACCUGUGGGACACAGCAGGCCAGGAGGAGUACGACCGCCUGCGCACCCUCUCCUACCCCCAGACCAACGUGUUUGUCAUCUGCUUCUCUGUUGCCAGCCCCCCCUCCUUUGAGAACAUCAAGCACAAGUGGCACCCAGAGGUCACCCACCACUGUCCCAAUACGCCCAUUCUGCUGGUGGGCACCAAGAAGGACCUGCGUAAUGACCCAGAGGUGUUGAAGAAGCUUAAGGAUCAGAACCAGACGACCAUCACCCAACAGCAGGGCACCGCCCUGGCCAGGCAGAUCCAAGCCAUCAAGUACCUCGAAUGCUCUGCCCUCAACCAAGAUGGAAUCAAAGAAGUGUUUGCUGAGGGUGUGCGAGCCUUUCUCAACCCACAACCUGUCGCCACCAAGAAGCCCUGUGUGCUAUUGUAAAGGCAGUAGGAAACCCUGUGUGCUAUUAUAAAGGCAGUAGGAAACCCUGUGUGCUAUUAUAAAGGCAGUAGGAAACCCUGUGU